CAUUCGAAUUCAUCAGUCAAACGACGCAAAGUGCCCAACACAGACCUACAAGAACACUAAAUCUAAACAAAAAUCAAAAUGUUCAAAUUGGUGGUGUUGUCUGCUCUUUUGGCCGUAGCCGCAGCUAAACCCAGUUAUCUUCACGGAGCUGCUCUCUCAUACGCCGCACCAGCUAUUGCAGCUCCAGCUUAUGCAGUUCCAUCAGCAGUCAGUUAUCAAGCUAGAACCGACGUUGUCAGCAAACCAAUUGUAGCAACCGCUUAUGCAGCUGCUCCAGUUGUUGCUCAUGCGGCUCCCGUUGUUGCUGCAGCUCCAGUUGUUGCUGCCGCUCCAGCUGUCUCAAUCCCAACCGCGGUUAGUUAUCAAGCUAGAACCGACGUCGUUAGCAAACCAAUUGUAGCUACCACUUAUGCCGCUGCCGCCCCAGUUGUUGCUGCUUACGGAGGUUAUGGUAGUUAUGGAGGUUACGGAGCUUACGCUGCCCCAGUUGUGAAGUCUUAUGGUUAUGCUGCCCCCGCACUUGUUAAAUCAUACGGCCAUUAUUGGUAGAGAAGGCGGAGACUUUGCUGUUUGUUGACCUGAUCGACUGAACGUGUUACCAGAAAAUUCAUUGCCUUUUGGAGAGUUUUUGUUCUAAAUUCUCUUCUUAUAUAUUUUUGUAGUUAGUUGUGUACAAAGUACAUUGUUAAAUUAAUUUAAAUAAAUAAAAUGUGAUGAUUCAACGAA